AUGGAGGAGGUCGUGAUCGUCGGAGCAGGCAUCGCGGGGCUGGCGACGGCGGUGGCCCUGAAGAAGGUCGGGGUGCAAGCACUGGUGCUGGAGAGAUCGGAGGGGCUGAGAGCCGUCGGCGCAGCCCUCACCCUCUUCCCCAAUGCCUGGCACGCCCUGGAUGCGCUCGGGAUUUCGGAUAAGCUCACCUCCAUUUACACUCCUUUCUUCAAGGGCUACGUGACCGAUGUGAAGACCAAAGCCAUCCAGGAAGUGCGUUAUGGUGCGAGCAACGGGAACGGAGAUCAACAAAUAGCGGUCAACCGGAAAGUCUUAUCAGAGGUCUUGGCGGAGGAAUUGCCUCCAAACACCAUCCGAUUCUCUUCGAAGCUCACUUCCAUUGAAACCCAAGUGGAGCAAGGCUCAUCUAUUUGUAUCCUCGCGCUUGAAGAUGGAACUAUCAUCAAGUCCAAGGUUGUUAUCGGAUGUGACGGGGUGCAUUCUAGGGUAGCCCGCUGGCUAGGGCUUGGCCCGCCAGUUGAUUCUGGCCGGUCUGCAAUUCGCGGGCUGGCCGUGUACCCACGAGGCCAUGGGUUGAACCAAGAGUUUCAGCAGUUCGUGGAUGUCUCGAAGAGGGCUGGUUUCGUUCCUCUCAACGAUAAGGAGAUCUACUGGUUCUUACUUUGCAAAGUUCCUCCAAAAGAUGCGGACCACGGAGGUGACCCAGAUUCGAUACUAAGAGAAGUGAUUGAUAACUUAGCCGAAGACUUUCCUCCCUUGUACCUCGACGUUGUCGGCCACUCCGACCCUUCCACAUUGACGUGGGGCCCGCUGCUUUUCCGUCAUCCGUGGGACGUCGUCCUUGGGAACCUGGCUCGCGCGAACAUCACGGUGGCCGGAGAUGCCAUGCACCCCAUGACGCCAGAUUUGGGCCAAGGUGCGGGUUCGGCCCUCGAGGAUGCAGUUGUGUUGGGUCGGCUCAUUGGAAGCUCAAUUUCCAAACUAGGCAAACUCGAGACGCGGGAGGUCGGGUUAGCGCUCAAGAGUUACGUGGGGGAGAGGAGGUGGAGGGCGGCGACGUUGAUCACGGCGUCGUUUGUGUCGGGUUGGGUUUCACAGGAUGGGUCUAGUUGGUGGAUGAGGUUCCUAAGGGACGUCUUCUAUAAAUUUAUACUGGGAAGAGCCUUUAGUGCUAGUAGGUACGACUGCGGCAAGCUUUGCUAA